GCGAACAGCGCCGCUGCCGCACAGACAGCGACUCUCGGAGACGCACUCCGACUGACUUUGGAUUUUUUUUUUAUUUUUUUUGGGGGGGGGUUCGAGGAGAAGCCUGGAGAGAGAAAAGAGGGAGAAAGAGCCGGGAAACAGAGAUUUAAGUCGGUUUCUGACGGCGGAAUGGCGGACCGGGACCCGGUGCCGCUUCCUGCGGAGGUGCGGGCCAGACUGGCCGAGCUGGAGCUGGAGUUGUCGGAGGGUGACAUCACACAGAAGGGCUAUGAGAAGAAGCGAUCCAAGCUGAUUGGAGCAUACUUCCCUCAAGCACCAGGAAUGGAUCCGUCCAUGGGCCAGGAGAGGAGAACACCCGUCACCCCGUCCUCGUCCUCCCGCUACCACCGCCGGCGGUCCUCUGGCUCCAGGGACGAACGCUACCGAUCAGAUGUGCACACAGAGGCAGUGCAGGCGGCCUUGGCCAAGCACAAAGAGAGGAAGAUGGCUGUGCCUAUGCCUUCGAAGCGACGGUCGCUGGUCGUCCAGACCUCCAUGGAUGCUUACACACCGCCAGACACUUCCUCGGGCUCGGAGGGCGAGGGUCAGGGCGACGGCGAUGAAGGAGAAGGAGGUGAUGGCGAAGAAGAGGACGGCGGAGGCGGCGGAGGAACCUCGUCCAGCCGAGAGGGGAGCAUCAGCAUGGAGCACUGGAUCAGCCGGGCCAUCCACGGCACCUCCUCCACCACAACCACCACCUCCUCCACGGCCUCGUCCUCUUCCUCCUCCACACGCAGCGGGGGGAGCGGGGCGGCCGGCGGCAGGCUGGCUGAUGUCCUGGCGCAACACGUCCACAUCUCCGCCCACCACCACCUCCGCCACCACCAUCACCACCGCCACCACAAGACAGAGAACCACUCUGCCCCUCCAGAUGUCACCGGUUACACCAACAACACCGCCAACACCACCGCCACCGAUGGGAUCCAGGUGGAGAGAGCCCCGGGUGCUGGCACUGCGGCCCAGAGACAGACACCCAAGUACGGCAACGCCGAGCUGAUGGAGACCGGAGACGGUGUUCCAGUCAGCAGCAGAGUUUCAGCCAAAAUCCAGCAACUCGUCAACACUCUGAAGAGACCCAAACGGCCGCCGUUGAGAGAGUUCUUCGUCGACGACUUCGAGGAGCUCCUGGAGGUCCAGCAGCCAGACCCCAACCAGCCCAAGGCCGAGGGGGCCCAGAUGGUGGCCAUGCGGGGCGAGCCGCUGGGCGUGGUAACCAACUGGCCCCCGUCUCUGGAGGCGGCCCUGCAGAGGUGGGGCACCAUCUCCCCAAAGGCCCCCUGUCUCACCACCAUGGACACCAACGGCAAGCCGCUCUACAUACUGACCUAUGGUAAACUGUGGUCCAGAAGUGUGAAGGUGGCCUACAACCUGCUGCACAAACUGGGAACCAAACAGGAACCACUCGUCAGGCCUGGAGACCGGGUGGCGCUGGUCUUCCCAAACAACGACCCCGCCGCCUUCAUGACGGCUUUCUAUGGCUGCCUGCUGGCUGAGGUCGUCCCCGUGCCAAUAGAAGUACCACUGACCAGGAAGGAUGCCGGCAGUCAGCAGAUCGGAUUCCUGCUGGGGAGCUGUGGCGUGACGGUGGCUCUGACCAGCGACGCCUGCCACAAAGGGUUACCCAAGAGUCCCACUGGAGAGAUCCCACAGUUCAAAGGCUGGCCCAAGGUGCUGUGGUUCGUCGCCGAGUCCAAACACCUCUCCAAACCGCCCCGAGACUGGUUCCCACAUAUCAAGGACGCCAACCAAGACACUGCCUACAUCGAGUAUAAGACCUGUAAGGACGGCAGCGUCCUCGGUGUGACGGUGAUGAGGAUAGCCAUGCUCACACACUCCCAGGCCCUCACACAGUCCUGCUCAUACACAGAAGCUGAGACCAUAGUGAAUGUAUUAGACUUCAAGAAGGAUGUGGGCCUGUGGCACGCCGUCCUGACCAGUGUGAUGAAUAUGAUGCAUGUCAUCAGUAUUCCCUACGCCCUCAUGAAGGUCAACCCUCUGUCCUGGAUCCAAAAAGUCUGCCAGUACAAAGCCAAAGUGGCGUGUGUGAAGUCGCGGGACAUGCACUGGGCUCUGGUGGCCCACCGGGACCAGCGGGACAUCAACCUGAGCUCCCUGCGCAUGCUGGUGGUGGCUGACGGUUCAAAUCCCUGGUCGAUUUCAUCCUGCGACGCCUUCCUCAACGUCUUCCAGACUAAAGGUUUGAGGCCGGAGGUCAUCUGUCCCUGCGCCAGCUCCCCGGAGGCUCUCACCGUAGCUAUAAGGAGGCCGGUGGAGGAGGGCAGCACCCCCCCUGGUCGCGGCGUGUUGUCCAUGCAGGGUCUGAGUCAUGGCGUGAUCCGGGUCGACUCGGAGGAGAAGCUGUCGGUCCUCACGCUGCAGGAUGUCGGCUCCGUCAUGCCCGGAGCGAUGAUGUGCGUGGUGAAGCCGGAGGGUUUUCCUCAGCUCUGUAAAACCGAUGAGAUCGGAGAGCUGUGUGUUUGUACUGUCGCCACGGGAACCUCCUACUAUGGCCUGGCCGGCAUGACCAAGAACACCUUCGAGGUCUUCCCCAUGUCCAACAGCGGGGCUCCCGUCAGUGAGUUUCCCUUCACCAGGACCGGCCUGCUGGGUUUCAUCGGACCUGCGGGUCUGAUCUUUGUGGCGGGGAAGAUGGACGGGCUGAUGGUGGUCGGGGGCCGUCGGCACAACGCCGACGACAUCGUCGCCACGGCGCUCGCUGUGGAGCCCAUGAAGUUUGUCUACAGGGGCAGGAUAGCAGUGUUCUCCAUCACGGUGCUUCACGAUGAGAGGAUCGUGGUCGUAGCUGAGCAGCGGCCAGACUCCACCGAGGAGGACAGCUUCCAGUGGAUGAGCCGAGUUCUGCAGGCGAUAGACGGUAUCCACCAGGUGGGGGUGUACUGCCUGGCUCUGGUGCCCUCCAACACCCUGCCCAAGACCCCCCUGGGGGGCAUCCACCUGUCGGAGACCAAGCAGCUCUUCCUGGAGGGGGCGCUGCACCCCUGCAACGUGCUCAUGUGCCCGCAUACCUGCGUCACCAACCUGCCCAAGCCUCGGCAGAAGCAACCAGAGAUCGGUCCCGCGUCCGUGAUGGUUGGGAAUCUGGUGUCGGGGAAGAGGAUCGCUCAGGCCAGCGGCAGGGAUCUGGGUCAGAUCGAAGACAAUGACCAGGCAAGGAAGUUCCUCUUCCUGUCUGAGGUGCUGCAGUGGAGAGCCCAGACCACUCCGGACCACGUCCUGUACACGCUGCUCAACUCCAGAGGUACGAUAGCCAGCUCUCUGACCUGCGUUCAGCUGCACAAGAGGGCGGAGAAGAUCGCCGCCAUGCUGGCUGAACGGGGCCACCUGCAGGACGGAGACCACGUCGCACUGGUCUACCCCCCAGGUAUCGACCUCAUCGUGGCGUUUUACGGCUGCCUUUACGCCGGCUGCGUGCCGAUCACGGUGCGACCGCCUCACCUGCAGAACAUCGCCACCACGCUGCCCACCGUCAAGAUGAUCGUGGAGGUGAGCCGGUCGGUGUGCGUGAUGACCACGCAGCUCAUCUCUAAGCUGCUGAGGUCGAAGGAAGCCUCGGCCGCCGUGGACGUCCGGACCUGGCCCCCUGUCCUGGACACAGACGAUUUGCCAAAGAAGAAACCUCCUCUGCUGUAUAAACCGUCCAACCCCGACACCCUGGCCUACCUGGACUUCAGCGUCUCCACCACCGGCAUGCUCGCUGGAGUCAAGAUGUCUCACACAGCCACCAGUGCCUUCUGCCGCUCCAUCAAGCUGCAGUGUGAGCUCUACCCGUCCAGAGAGGUCGCCAUCUGCCUGGACCCGUACUGCGGCCUGGGCUUCGUCCUCUGGUGCCUUUGCAGUGUGUACUCAGGUCACCAGUCGAUCCUGAUCCCUCCGUCCGAGCUGGAAGUGAACCCGGCUCUCUGGCUGUCUGCCGUCAGUCAGUACAAAGUCCGCGACACCUUCUGCUCCUACAGCGUCAUGGAGCUCUGCACCAAAGGCCUGGGCCUGCAGACCGACUUGCUGAAGUCUCGAGGCUUGGACUUGUCUCGGGUGAGGACCUGCGUGGUUGUAGCGGAGGAGCGUCCCAGGAUAGCCCUGACGCAGUCCUUCUCCAAACUCUUCAAGGACCUGGGACUCCACCCUCGAGCUGUCAGCACCUCCUUUGGCUGCAGGGUCAACCUGGCGAUCUGCCUGCAGCCUCACAGGCUGGGAAAGCUUGCCGACAAGGGCACCUCGGGACCCGACCCCACGACUGUGUACGUUGAUAUGAGAGCGCUACGGCACGACAGGGUCAGACUAGUAGAGAGGGGGUCACCACACAGCCUCCCACUAAUGGAGUCCGGGAAGAUCCUACCGGGGGUCCGAAUCAUCAUCGCCAACCCAGAGACCAAGGGACCAAUGGGAGAGUCACAUCUGGGAGAGAUCUGGGUGCACAGCGGCCACAACGCCAGCGGCUACUUCACCGUCUACGGAGACGAGGCGCUGCAGUCGGACCACUUCAACUCUAGGCUCAGCUUCGGAGACACGCAAACCGUCUGGGCUCGAACCGGAUACUUGGGCUUCCUCCGCAGGACCGAACUCACCGACGCCAGCGGAGAGCGUCAUGACGCCCUGUACGUGGUCGGUGCUCUGGAAGAAGCCAUGGAGCUGAGGGGGAUGCGUUACCACCCCAUUGACAUCGAGACCUCCGUCAUCAGGACGCACAAGAGCAUCACAGAAUGUGCGGUGUUCACAUGGACCAACCUGCUGGUGGUGGUGGUGGAGCUGGACGGCUCGGAGCAGGAGGCCCUGGACCUGGUCCCCCUGGUCACUAACGUGGUGCUGGAGGAGCACUACCUGAUCGUGGGCGUGGUGGUGGUGGUCGACAUCGGCGUCAUCCCCAUCAACUCCCGCGGCGAGAAGCAGCGCAUGCACCUGCGCGACGGCUUCCUGGCCGACCAGCUGGACCCCAUCUACGUGGCCUACAACAUGUAGCGCCCCCUGGUGCCCGAUGCGGAGGUGGAUGGAGGGUUUAUUUAGGAAGAUGCAAGGACUGUCUGCUCCUGAGACUGAAAAGAAUAAAACCGGAGUCUGAGGCUGAGUUUUCUGGCAUAAGGGGAGGAAAUGGUUGACUUUUUUUGCCCUGAAUUUUGUCUCUCAGGCAACACUUCAUCCUAGGCUGAGUAUCAAAUGGUUAUAUGUAGGGUUAGGGGUGGAAUUCAGGCCGUGGUUUGUUUUUACAGAGGUGAGGUUUGUACUCAGCCUGAGAAGAAGUGCAGCCACCUUCUUCCAGGGCAGGAAAGCAGUCCCCCAUUUGUGCCGACUGUUUACUGAAAAGUGGCGAUCGUGCGGCCCAGAGGCAGAAGGACAAUCGUUAACGAAGCAAAGAUUCUCCUCUGCUGCGUUUCAUACUGUCUUUUAAAACUACAUUCGGCUCAUCCUAUAUUUUCCCCAUCAAGUACAUGCGGAAGUUUUUUUUCUUCUUCUUCCUUUUUUUCCCCCCAUUUGUCCUCUAAGAAGUUUAGGGUAUUUUUUGAAAAGGAUAUUUAAACAAAAACAAAGCAAACGUUUUACGUUUUUAGGAUAUCAGUCAUUAGAAGUUGGAGAUAUGUUUUGAUACCAGAGCGGGGUCUGAGGAGGGCGAACCGCAGCUGUCCUUCGAUUUUACGAUGCGGUACUAACCUUUUGUUUCAUGUUAGCUUGUUUCUUGUGUUUUUGUUUUUUUCCUCUCUGUUUUUUGUAAGCGUGUUACGGUUUGUUUUUUUUUUUUUUUAAAUUCAACAUAAUUUUCUGAACCGUCCGUCCCAUCUCAGCGGGAAAUCAGUGCGCUAAUUUUCAUAAACUAACAGCUGCAGCCUUUAACUCCGUUUAUUUUUCCGUACAAACAUGCUUCGCCUGAAGCGAAACAACACAUAAAUUCAUAUCAUGUAAGUAUGUACAAAAAGAAACUGAUUUAAUUUAUUUUGUUUCUCUUUUAGAAGUAUAUGACGAGACGUUCAAGAAUGUUUUGCUCUUGAAUAUUUGCUAAUAUAAAAAAAACUAAAAAGCAAUGUAUUAUCCUGAGUGAAACGGGCUCACAUCAAGCAUAUUAUGGAAAAUAGAAAUAUAUGAUUAUAGAUUAUAUUAAAAGAUGAGUAAAAGGAUUCACCCCGGACAGAAGCAGUUUUACACAUGAUGCUUUUUAACUGCAUGUUGGUCUGAAAUGUUUUAAGUCAGUCAAAAAGAAAGAUAGUAGAAGAAGCGGAAUAGUUUCAUUCCUACUUCGCUAUGAAGAGUUCUGAACCAAAAAUGUUCAGAUUGGGGCAUAAACGUAAAAUAAAAUAAAAUCCUUAUUGAUUGAAUUUGUAAAAGUUUUGACCCUUUUCCUCCAAAAAACAUUAGUAAAGACAUAUCAAGAAGUCAUUCCUUAAAAUUAGUCAUUUGUGCCCUUAAAUUAUAAAUUAUUCCCUCAAAUUUCUAAUUGUUGCGCUCAGUAUUUUUUAUUUAUUUCCUUCGGUUCAUUAAUUUACAAAAUAUUACACCUAAAAUUGCAUAACUAUUCUCUUCUCUCUCCUGUAGAGGAUAAUAGUAAGACUUUGCCUCACCCAGACAGAAAUUCAAAGAAGCUUAAAUUUGAAAAAGCUGAUGACAUCUGUAAUAUCUGAGUUUUUAUAAUUAAGCAACCUGUUACUGCUGUUACACUGUGGAACAGUUUUUUUGUUAUGAGUGGGUCGCCAACUUUGUUUGUGUUGUGCAGGAGCUCACAGGCGACGCAGCAGCACUUACGCGCUAUUCCGCUCGUCGACAAGCUGGUGGCGGUAACGCGCAGAGAACCGCAGCAGAGCCCCAUUGAAAGGCAGCGAGGAAGACUGCUGGUUGGAAAAAGGCACGGUUCAAAAUAUGUUUAAAAUCGACAAACUAAAAUCAACGC